AAAGCCUCCGAGGCUAGUCAAGCGAAACCUAGGUUAGUGCCUCUACAAUGACGAAGCAUAUUAUUUGGAACGGCAUAAAACGCAGAGAAAUAAUUACCGUAGACCGUGGAGUCGGUGUGGACCUAAAAGACGCUGAAAUAUGCCUCUGGAAGGGAAAAACGUGAACAAAAUGGAGCCGCUUUCUCCUGGACCCUGUCUGGACAUUAGCGAUGAUGAACUGGUCACAAUAUCAGUUCGGGACUUGAACCGACAGCUGAAGCUCAGAGGAUUAACGAGAGAAGAGAUUGUUCGUAUGAAACAACGCAGAAGAACUUUGAAAAAUCGCGGCUAUGCAGCUAGUUGUCGUAUUAAACGUAUUGAGCAAAAAGAUGAACUUGAAACAGAGAAAAGUCAAGAAUAUAGAGAUAUGGAAGCAAUGCAAGAUGAUAAUGACAGAAUGAGAGAAGAAGUGGAAUCUUGGCAUGCCAAAUAUAAUGCUUUGAAAAAGUUUGCUGUUGAAAAAAAAAUCUACAUUCCACCCGAACUAGAGACUAUGUAAUCAAGUACAUCGCACAUAUAUCCUAUCUGAUAUCUCUUCAUUCUCAUCAUCGUUUUAUCAUGUUUACCCAUUUUUUCAUUUUCUACAGUCCUGUUAACUGUCAUGAUAUAAUAUUUUACAAUAUGUUAACUUUGUUAAAAAUUCGUCGAUCUUUCAGUUUCUUUAGUAAUGGUAUUUAGAAUAUUGAACUGAAUAUUGGUAUUGGCUCUUCUUAUUUUUAAUGAUCUAUCUAACUUAAAGGUGAUGGUCGUUUUUUCACAGAAAUAAUCACAGGACAAUUGUCCUGAGAAGUAGAAUGUACUGCCACUUUAAUUAUCAAUUAAUUUGAAUAAAUUACAUUUUUGUACAAUA